AUGAUCACGUCAGUGGCCGAGAGCGGUACAUUCGAUGGAUCUUGGCCAGAGUUCUCAAGGACUCUCCUCGCCAGACUCGAGGAGAACAUCGGCGCUUUUGCGCCGCCAUCGAUCCCUCGACCGGAAGGCGCGUCGGAGAGUGCUGCUGCACCAGUACAGGGAGAUUCACCGAAAGCGUCCCUACCUCCGGAUCUUCAAGCACUUUUGUCGCGUCUUAUAUCUGUUAUUGAGAGAUUCACUGGACCACCAUUCACGGUACAACGGAUCGCGGAGUUGAUUGCGCGGCCACGGGAGCACUACACGGAUGUCGGGAAGUACCUACGAGCAUUGGAGCGGAACCUGAGUGUCACCUCGACAAUCGACGCUUUCCCCCUCCUCCCCAUCGAACCAACAAACGACGUUCCCCGCUUCACAGAUGGCAGCUCCACCAGCGGCGUCGCACUAACCGCCAUCCCAUGGACAAGCGCAACAGCCAUGCCAAACUCCAAUGGCACUCCAACCCCCAUGGAAACAAUCCACUCAUCGCUUGCCGAGAACGCAAAUGAUGCCGCGGCUGGACCGCAUCAUCCGCCAGAAGGUGCCAUGCCUGUUGAUGCGAGUGAUAUUGGACCACAAGUAGGUGGUAUCGGUGAUGUGGGCGGUACGGUGCAGGAUGCUAUUACGCAACUGGAAGAGGAGAAAGAGAAGCUAAAGGAAGCGGCGGCUGCGGGCAGCGCGACGACUGGUGAAGGAGACGUUGGAGAGAGGGCAGACGAGCAGAAAGCAACGGAUGAUGACGUGAAGAUGGAGGAUUAA